GCUGGGAGUCUGCAGGUCGAAAACGCGAGUGAACAAAUGUCCUGAUUGCAACCAAAUCGCAUCACUCGCUCAAUGGGUGGCAAGGCAAUCUUCGUGUUGCGAUUCAGUGUUGCUUGGUCAGUUCGGACUGAAAGGAAGCUUCCCCGCUGCUUUCCAAUCUUAGAGAGGAAGAAGAAGGACCUAUUUUCACACCACCACUACGCGUCUACCGACGACACGAUCAUCCGACAGUUCCGAAAAUCUAUGAAUGAGACAGCCAGUUCAGAAUCUAUUUCUUUCCUCUCAUCUUCCAAAAGUGCAGCCACGCCCCUUCUCAAGCGCAAGGCUAACGGCGAAUUUGAAGACUGGGGGGUUUACACGCCAGUAAUGAAAGCAUCGAGUUUACUUGAUUCUGCUCGUCCCACAAAGGAGAAAAGAAAAGUCAAACCCGAGGACACUGGUUCAUCUAUUGGUGCUGGAAGCGUUGAUAUCCUACCUCUAGUCCAACAUCGCGAUUACCACCGCCCGGUUCGGCUCGUCCUACAAAGCGAGCACGAAAAAUCAAGCCCGAAGAUUAUGAAGAUACUAGGUCCGGUGCUGACCACCGGCAGUGGUUCUUCCAUGGCUAUUACAUACCCCGCACCAUUGACGUCCCAGGCCAAGGCACCUCCAAAAGCAGCCGCCACUCCUGAUAUAAGAAUGGCCCUUGGCGCAGCGACACCGCAAAAAGCUCCAUCCAAGGCGAAGAUUCCUCGCCAGCCAAAACCAAAACCCGAGAAGCGCAGUGCCAUCUUCAAAAAGAAGUGCCCUCAAAACAUUCUCGAUAGGCUGGAUAGGGUGAUUGAGCAAAGAGAGCGCGACGGCGACGAGUUGAAGGAGACCUUCAGGGUCUUGGGUUCCACAGGCAAUGUUUAUACUGUUGUUAUCGGCCAUACACCUCGUUGUGACUGUCCCGAUGCUUCGAAGGGCAACUAUUGCAAGCAUAUCAUCUUUGUAUUCAUCAAAGUAUCAAAAUUACUGGGAAAGCGCCUGCCUCGCGACUCCAACAAGACCAACAGCAAUAGGCGCAUGCCAAAGGAGGAAGAUGACUGUCCCAUCUGCUACGACAAGAUGCAUACAGAGCCAGAAAGCAAGCUUACGUGGUGCAAGAACUUGGGGAAGAACGUUACUUGUGUGUGGUGUCGUGCGGAAUGGGUCCUGCCGAAUGUGGGUAAGGGCAAGGGUAAAGCUAUCGGAGAUGAAGGAUUAUCAUGGAGCGAGAAGAGGGAACAGACAUGGCUAUCAGAAGUAUGGGAUGUGUCCCUUGCCAUCGUUCGCAUGGGUCGCACACGUCAAAAAGCUCGGGCUCUCUGCGCCAUCGUUUUUGUCACAUAUCCCGAGCUGUUCGAACAACCCAUCUGGCAAGAACAUAUGGGAUUCCACGGGUUUGAUGGUACCAAUGUUCACCAUAUCGAAAAUGAAGACCUUCCACACAUCAAGAAGUUUUUGCAGUACAUCAAGGACCUCUCUACCGAAGACGCCAUCGCCGCCGUCAAUUCACUGACAGACGAUAGCCAUUCGCAAGGUCGUAAUGCUUAUACGGAGUGGUGGAUGGCAAGCGGCUUCGCCCAGAGACUAAACGAGUCACUGAAGCGGGGGCUUGCUCGUGCCAACGUCGACAUCAAGGCGAUGUACCGUUUCGCCGCCAAGAAGACAAAGUUUGUCACGGUCGGCCAAUUUGCCCUGAAGGAGGUGGAAAUCGCGGAAGCGAUGUUUGGAAGUGCUUACGAGGAUCGAGAAUCUGGUUCUGCGCGACUCGAGUUAAGAACGUUAUUACAUUUCUUGCUCACAGAGCAUCUCAACGCUCGCCACAAAGAUCAACAGAAGGCUGUAGCGUUGAAGACUGCUGCCAAGAAGAAAGUUGAUGCUGCGUGGAAAGCAUUUGACAAUCCUGAUAGUAGCAUCAAUGCCAAGCAAGCAAAGAAAAUCCUUCUUGCUCUUGAGAAGUAUGAGAGGUCUAUCAGUGGGUGGGAGGCCACAGAUGCGGAGAUACAGGAGUGGGCAGAGCAUGAAAGGAUGAAGGGAUUGUUUGAAAAGGUACUUGUCAAAGCUGAAACAAACGAGAAGGAGUUGAAAAGGCGCAAGAAGAGCACACAAUUCAUUACUGGCCGAUUGUCCGGGAGCAACCUAGCUAUUACAGCCAGUGAGAAAGACAUCGAUUCACUUCAAAAGGAGUUUACUAGCCGACUCGAAUCUAUCGAGGAUUCGAGAUAGAAUGAGGGCGGAGAGCGAAAUGACAUGGACGUCAGUCCCGGCCUGUCUAGGUUUACUAUCUACAUUGGAUGAAAUAUCAGAACCAAUACCUCAGUAGUGUAGGCAUAGACCGUGUUGCAUUAAUUUGUAUCUACAGAAUUUAUCCCAGAUUUCCUGUGAUAUGUAAUCUCGGCGUGUCUCCUUCCAUUAUAUAUGCAAAUCUUGGGUAGCUGGCUGCGAAUGCGCUCCCGGAAGACCUGAUAUUGGAGUCAAGCCAUUCGUUGGUGACCAAACUAGAAUCUGGACCGCCCUGGUACGGUAAUAGGACGGUGUUUUGAAGACACGAGUGAAUGGAUUUACCACGUCAAAAUCGUC